AAAUAUCGGAUUUGUGCCGCUCACACUGUCAUACCAUGAUCGGAUAUGGGUCGCAUAGGGUAAAAAAAAAUCGGAUUUGAUGCGCUUUCGCCUGCAGUGUGAACGUAGCCUUACAUCUUUAUUUUAUGACUCGUUUGGGCUCCUAUCUGCUGUUUAGUGUAUGAUCCCUGUCAUCUGCACGGAUUUCCACACACCCACAGUCAGGAAGUGUGGUUCAGGCCUCAGCUGAUUAUUAAAGGAUCUGAAGGGUUGAGCAGACGUGUGUACAGUGCUACAGCGCAGCUGUACUCAGAGUCUAAUCUACUGCCCACAGUCACAGUUCUGUGGUAACCGCAGUAUUACUCUAUCAAACUCUCCCGAGAUAUAAUGGAUGCUUUUCUUUCACACACUAAUGUCAUGCUUGAACAGCUUUAUUUGCCUGGGGUUGUUCUGACAGCUGAGUCUGUGUCCUGUUUCCUUCAGCAGGAUAACGGACUGAAGUCCAAGUGCGGUUUCAGCCUUUGCUUUCACUGCACUGUGAGGACCUGUGCAGCAGAUUAAUGACAGCCGAACGAUGAGCGCUCAUUUAAACAUGGACUUCCGGGCGAGCGGAAAAACACAACACAACCGGAAGCAGCAGCAGUGUGAUUGACAGGGCAGCGAGCUGCACUGGUUGGCGUGUGCCCUCUACGUGGCCUGCAGGUCGUCGGUGCCCACGGUGGGGAAAGGCACGGCCGAGGGGAACUACGUCUCUCUGACCCGAAUCCUGCGCUGCUCCGAGAUGAGCCUCAUCGAAUUCUUCAGUAAGAUGAAGAAGUGGCAGGACAUGGCCGACCUGCCGCCGGACUUCCGUCAGAGCACCGACAAGCUCGAGAGGAACUUCAUCGUGUCCGCCGUCAUCUUCAAGAAGUACGUCCCCAUCUUCAAAUCCAUCUUCAGGGCGCCGUCAGAGGAGCCGCCGCGAGUGCACCGCAGCCGCAAGCAGAGACGCCACCCAUGCACCGUGACCGAGGUCUUCAACUUCUGCUGGGUGCUGUUUGUCCACGCCAAAGGGAACUUCCCCAUGAUCAGCGACGACCUGGUGAACUCGUACCACCUGCUGCUGUGUGCCCUCGACCUCGUCUUCACCAAUGCCCUGCUGUGCAACGCCAGGAAGGACCUGCUGAACCCGGAGUUCAAAGGGCUUCCUGAGGAUUUCGGCACCAAGGACUUCCGGCCGGCCUCGGGCCCGUUCUGCUUCAUGGAGCAGCUGUGCCGGUUGCACGACGGCCUGGUGCUGGAAGCCAAAGGGGUCAAAGAGCACUUCUGGAAACCCUUCAUCAAGAAGCUCUUCCACAAGAGGAUUCUUCGAGGAAAGGAGGACAGUCUGACCGGCUUCCUGGACCCCAUGAACUUUGGAGACAGUCUUUUGGCGCUCAGCCGCCUGUACGAGGAGCACGUUUUGGCCACAGGCAGCCUGGACGAGAGGAUCUUCACCGGCGAGGGGGCGAGCGAGGACAUCGGCACCCCGGGGCCCUGCCUGUGCGAGGGGGCGGAGAAUCAUGACAGCGCCACCUUCAGGCUCCACACCAGCCUCGCUGCCUCAGCUCUGAAGGUGUCCACCCCGCUGACAGGAAGGAAGUACGUGCAGGAGGGCAGCCUGGCGUCUCCGCUCUCCUCCGCCAUGAAGAGUGUGGGCCGUCUCCACACACUGCUGUCGGGCACCAAGCAGGGGCCGAGCGCCAAGCUGGCCGAGACGCUCAGGAGCUGUGCCAGAGACCCGAGUGACGCCAUCAGCCAGCGCCUGAACGACAUGUUUGACGUCUUCUCCCAGCACUACGAGGACGACGCCGCAGAUGGCAGCAGGGCCAUUGGGAAAGACAUAGUGGUGAAGUACUUCCACCUGGCACAGGCGCUCUACUACAGGAUCCUGGAGUCGGUCAUCGAGAGAGAGAAGAUGAUUCUGGGCGAUGCCGACCUGUCUUGUAUUCUGGAGCAGGAUAUCUUCCACCGCUCUCUGCUCGCCUGCUGCUUGGAGAUCGUCAUCUUCUCCUACAGACCUCCUGGAGAUUUCCCCAACGUGCUAGGCAUCUUCCAGCUGCCUGCCUAUCACUUCUACAAGGUGAUCGAGGUGCUGGUGCGGGCGGAGCAGGGUCUGUUUCGGGAGGUGGUGAAGCACCUGAACCAGGUGGAGGAGCAGGUCCUGGAGAGUCUGGCCUGGACUGGCGACUCCCCGCUGUGGGAGAGCCUCCGCGGGGCCAAAGACCACGCCCCCAGCUGCCAGGAGGUGAUGCCUCCUCAGUACCUGGAGCAGCAGGAUGAGAGCAGCUCCGGCAGCGUUCCCGUCACUCCGGUCAGCCACGGCGCCGAGCUCAGCAGCAGCAGCACGCUCAAAGGUGUGUCCCCCUCCCCUACCACUCUGUUGGACCGUUACAGCUCGCCGCCGGCUGGCACAGCUCGCCGCCGUCUCUUUGUUGACCCCGUGGACGGCGAGCCUGGCCUCACCUCCAGUGGCUCCGCCAGCACUGCUGUCGCCAAGCCCACCCAGGCGAGCCUCGUCACGGCCAUCCCGGCGGGGCAGACUGUGGUCACUAUGGCAACCGCCACUGUGACCGCCAACAACGGGCAGACGGUGACCAUCCCGGUGCAGGGAAUAGCCAAUGAGAGCGGAGGGAUUACCUUCAUCCCGGUGCAGGUGAGCGUGACAGGACAGGCCGGGGCCGCUCUGCAGUCGCUGCCCGCACAGGCGCUCGCCGGCACCAUCGCCGUCCAACCAGCCACCGUCAAGCCGGCCCCUAAACUGGUCAGCAGCGUGCUGAGGAAGGGCUCGCUGUCACUGUUCUUCAGGAAGGUGUAUCACCUCGCCAGCGUCCGCCUCCGAGACCUCUGCACCCGGCUGGACAUCAUGCCGGAGCUCCGGAGGAAGAUCUGGACAUGCUUCGAGUACUCGCUGGUCCACUGCACGGACAUGAUGAUGGACCGACACCUCGACCAGCUCCUCAUGUGCGCCGUCUACGUCAUGGCCAAGGUGACCAAAGAGGACAGAUCCUUCCAGAACAUCAUGAAGUGUUACCGCUCUCAGCCUCAGGCCAGCAGCAACGUCUACAGGAGCGUGCUGAUCUCAGGGAGGAGGAGGCGUCACUCCAGCACCAACAAACCGAACCCGCCCACAGACGGCGGCCAGGACGCAGCUGGUGGCGACGUCAGCCCGGUCCCUAUUCGCUCCAGCAGCACCUUACCCACCCCUCAGCCCGGCAGCGCCCCCUCCACGCCCACAAACACCUCCAACAAGACGUCGUGCACCUCCACCGCCAAUGCCGGGGAGGAGGAGCAGGAGGAGGAGCGAGGGGACCUCAUCCACUUCUACAACAACGUGUACAUCAAGCAGAUGACGCCCUUCGCUCUGAAAUACUCGCCAAACUCGCCGUCUGCAGGGGUGGAGACCCCCCCUCUGUGUCCGUACCCCUCCCUGAGGACCGGCUCUCCCCGCCGGAUGCUUCUGUCCAGCAAACACUCCAUCUACAUCUCGCCUCACAAGGCAGGCUCCGCCCCCUCACUGAUGACCCCCAGGGAAAAGAUUUACUACUACAUCUGCAGCAGCCCCCCCAACCGUCUCCAGGAGAUCAACAGCAUGAUCCGCACCGGAGAGACUCCAACCAGGAAGCGCGGCAUGGCUCUAGAGGAGGAGGCGUCGCCCAAACGCGUCUGUCCUGACUCCAACGCCCUAAUGCGCCGCUUGCAGGACGUCGCCAACGACCGCAGCUCCUCCCACUGAUGCACGCAAACAGACACAGCCGGAGUGCUUUAUUGUGAAGGAGCAGCUUCCUGUGUUUUAGUUGUCUUGUCCUUUCUGUUUUUAACAUCAAUGUUUUAAAUCUGUCAGUUUGGUCUUUAAGCUUCGUGGUGUGCGUGUUUCGUCUCCUUUGCUGUUCCGUGUCUGUAAAUACGUGUACAGAAGAGCAAAGAGAAGCUAUUUAACGGAGCUCAGAGCUGUAAGUUAAGUGCCUUUAUUUUGUACUGUUUACAUCUUGCAAGCGUUUCCUUGGUUACAGGCUCCUGAUGUAAAAACAAUAAACUGUGUGAACUGAG